AGAACAUUAUGUCAGAUUCACAGAGACCCGGAACAGUUAAAGGGUUUCCAGUUGAUAACUCACAAACGCUGGAGGGAUUCACCAGUCACACCUUCUAUUCCAACUGGCAGUUUUCCUUGGCGAGAAGGACAACAAGGAAGAACAUUAAAUUGUAGCACCAGUGACUACGGUAACCCAGAAGCAGAUGUGUCUUGGAAAUCAUCCAUUGGUACACCAGCUUUAAGAAUACUGAGACUUCCAAAACUAACUCAGUAUUACCACGGAAUAAGUGUUUCAUGUCAGCUGAGCAACAAAUACACUCAAAAGAUGAAUAAAACAAUUCUGUCAGAGGUUAUCAAUCUAGAUAUUAUGUAUAAACCAGAUGUAUUUAUACACAUUGGCGUGGUGGAAAGAUACAGUAUUGUAAGAAAUGAGAGUGAGAGUCUUACAGCUGUAUGCAGUGCAAAAGGAAACCCUGUACCUACUGUAACUUGGCAAGACAGAACUCCUGGUAAUCCCAGGCUGGAGUUCACAGACAUUGACAGAAAUGAUCAUGGAAUAUACAUAUGUUCUGCAAAGGCUUCCUCAUCUCAUUACCCUGAAUAUGACUUUUCAAAUGAAACAACACUAGAUGUUACAGUUAACUAUGCUCCAAAUGUAACUAUAAAUCUAAGUAAUGGUGAGCCUGAAGAAAAUAGUUCUCUUCUAAUAAGCUGUAGUGCAGUUGGUCGACCAGUCAAUUAUGUCUACACAUCAAUGAAGCAGACAUGGGAAGGGAUACAAAUACAGAACAUACACAGGCCUGUUCAUGGUAACAUAAAUAUCAUGAAUUUACAGCUUCAGGACAGCGGAAUAUACACAUGUGCUGUAAACAAUGGUAUUAGAGACAGAAAUCAACAGCUUGACCAAAUUGGAACGAAAAGUGUUCUUGUAAAAGUAUCACCGAAAGUACUACAUGAAGGGACAUACACAUUUGCAGGGGCAGUAGGAACAUCUGUAAAUAUUACAAUUCCAUUCUACAGUUAUCCAAAGAUUAAGCAUGUGGGAUUUAGACUAGAAAAUGGCUCUGAAAUCACUAAUUCUAGCAAAUACGAAGUAUCUUACAGGAAACAUAAUGUUACGUACAAGUUUUAUAAUGAACCAGUUGAUCUUGAAGGAUACAUUGCUGUAUUACAUAUAAAAGAUGAGGAAGUGUCAGAUUUCAGAAACUACACUUUAGUGCUUCAAAAUGAUAUUGGACCACCGAAGGAAUGGAUUCUGGAACAUGUGUCAGAGAGCAAACCUUCAGCUCCAGUAAGCUUUAUUUACACUGGCAUUGUGGAUGAUGUUCCUACUUUUUCCCUUGUUGGCGGCUUCAAUGGUGGUAGAAUCCAAACUUUUAUUGUGGAAACAGCAGUGGUUGGCACUGAAAACUGGAUGGAGCAAAUUAGGUUCAACGAAACAGACAAGGCAUUUCUUACAGAUGAAUCACUAACAUUCAACUUUAAUAUAACAGGACUCGGUCCUAACACAUACAAUAUCCGUGUACUAACAGAAAAUUACAUGGGAAGGAUAGAAGAAGGAAAAGCUCUGACCUUAGAAUUUACAAUAAUAUCAAAUG